AUGGGUAGAAACAAACACACGGACAUCGAAGCAGAUGUUGCUAAAAAAAAUAGACGAAUCCGUGAAAAUGAAAAUCAACGUCGUAGACGACAAACGGCUCGGCAAUGCAUUGCUGAUAAUAAUCGUAUUUCCAACGAUAUAGUUGAAAAAGAUUACUUAGGGCUGAUGAAUAUUUUAUGCAUGCACUGCCAAGCAAAACAUUUUGAAGAUGAAAAAGUUUCUAACAAAGGAUUAUCUUUCAAUGACUGUUGUAGUCAUGGAUCAAUAAAACUAGAAGAAUUUCCGGAUUUUCCACCUCAACUUAAAACAUUGUUCAAUGGAGAUCACGAUAAAUCAUCAAUGUUUUUCGAACGUAUCCGCAAUUAUAAUAACUCUUUAUCUUUCGCCUCAUUUAAUGCUAAUUUAGCCAAUUUUCAAGUGCGUCGAUCAGGACCAUAUUGUUUUAAAAUUCAAGGCCAAAUCUAUUAUCAAAUGAAUACAGCUUUAUAUCCUGACAAUGGCGAAAGUCCUUCAUAUGGUCAACUUUUUAUAAUAGAUCAAAAUGAAGCUUUAGAUUAUCGAAUUCAACAAAAUCCUCUUAUAGAUUAUGAAUUAAUGUCAAUUCUAGACACAAUUAUUCGCAAUAAAAAUAUUUAUGCUAAAUCGUAUGAAAUGAUGAAAGAAGAAAUACAACUGACAUUAUUAUUUUCAUUGAAACCUGGUCAAGAUCAUCGUCGAUAUAAUUUUCAAAGAGUUAAUGAAGUUGCUGCAAUUUUUUCAACAACUGCUGAUGGAGAAAUACCCGAAUCAUAUAUUACCAUACGAAAUAAAAAUACAAAACUCUUAGAAACAGUUAGUUCCUUGGAUCCAAACGUAGAACCAUGGGUUUAUCCUUUAUUUUACCCAUAUGGUACGCGUGGUUGGCAUCAUAAUAUGUUUAACGUUAAUUCUAAUCGUAAAAUCACACGUUUGGGUUAUACUAAACAUCGAAUAGCUAUUAGAGAAAAUGAAUUCAAUCCGAUUAUAAGAGGGCGUAGACUAUUUCAACAAUGGGUAGUAGAUAGUUAUGUAAAAAUUGAACAAGACAGAAUUCAGUAUUGUAAGAAUCACCAGAAAGAAUUACGAGCUGAUACGUAUAAAGGUUUACAUGAUUACAUGGCACAUAGUGCUAAUGAUGUUAAUGGUCAUGUAGGCAAAACUAUAAUUCUUCCUUCAUCAUUUACUGGCUCACCUAGGUAUAUGCAACAAUGUUAUCAAGAUGCUAUGGCUAUUGUAAAUGAAACAGGUAAACCUGAUAUUUUUCUCACAAUGACAUGCAAUCCAAAUUGGCCAGAAAUAUCAGAAAAUGUAUUGCCAAGUCAACAAGCAUCUGACCGGCCAGAUAUUGUAGCAAGAGUUUUUGAUUUGAAAAAAGAUCAUUUACUCGAUAUGGUUGUAAAGAAAAGUUUCUUUGGUAAAGUUGCAUCUUACGUAUAUGUCAUUAAAUUCCAAAAAAGGGGAUUACCGCACAUGCAUUUAUUGAUUACAUUAGAACAAGGGUACAAAAUAACUACGUCUGAUAUAGUUGAUACAUUUAUAUCAGCUGAAAUACCAAUUAAAAUAAGAAAUCCAGGUCUAUACGAUAUCGUUAUAAGAAAUAUGGUUCAUGGACCUUGCGGUAAUUGGUGUAUGAAAGAGGGCAAAUGUUCAAAAAAUUUCCCUAAAGAGUUUCAGCAAGAGACUACUAUGGAUGAAAAUGGUUAUCCGUAUUAUCGUAGAACCGAUACCGGCACUUCUUACGAAUGUCCUAAUGGGCAUAAAAUAGAUAAUAGAUGGGUGGUUCCAUAUUGUGCUAAAUUAUUACUAAUUUUCGAUUGCCAUAUUAACGUGGAAGUAGUUUCAAGUAUUAAAGCUGUGAAAUAUUUAUACAAAUAUAUCUAUAAAGGUCAUGAUGCUGCUACAGUAGUAAUUGGUCAAGCAGAAAAUGGUGCCACUAUUGAACAUGAUGAGUGUCGUAAUUUUAUUGAAACACGUUAUGUUGGUCCUGUGGAAGCAUGCUAUCGAAUUUUAAGUAAAACAUUGCAAGAUAAAAGUCACACCGUCAUAAGAUUACCAAUACACUUACCUAACGAACAAUCUGUAAUAAUUACACAGAAUGAAGAUGAAGCUUCAUUGAUAAACUGUUUAAAUAAUUCCAGUAGUAUGUUGCUUGAUUAUUUCACUUUAAAUGCAACAAAUGAAACAGCAAGACAAUAUUACUAUCCUGAAAUACCUAAAUAUUUUACCUACAAGAAAAGAAAAAUUAAUGGUAAAGUCACUUCUUCAUGGGAGACUCGAAAAAAACAUUUUAAAUGUAUAGGUAGAAUGUUUUCAGUAAGUCCAAUGCAAAUUGAAUUGUUUCAUUUAAGAUUACUUUUACUUCAUGUGAAAGGAGCUACAAAUUAUAACGACUUAAAAACAGUAGAUAAUGAAUUACAUCCUACUUUCACAUCAGCCUGUUUAGCAUUAGGAAUUAUUGAAGAUGACGAUGAAUGGAACGUAGCUAUGAGAGAAGCAGUUACUUGGAUGAUGCCAAAACGUUUGAGACAUUUAUUUGUUCUAAUAUUAUUACACUGUCAACCUAUUUAUCCAGAAAAAUUAUGGGAAACAUUUAAAGACGCGAUGUCUGAAGAUUUUUCACGUAAUAAUGAAUUGAAUAUCAGUUACCAAAUGGCCUAUUCUGAAAUAAAUGAUAUUUUGAUAAAAGAAGGAAAAAGUUUAGCUGACUUUCCGACAAUGAAUCAAAAUGUUAUGAUUCAGAUAAUGAUCGACACUAAUGAUACCGAUGAGAGAAAUCAUCGAUUACAAAUUGGUAAUGAACAAUAUCAAAAAUUGAAUGCUCAACAAAAAGAAAUAGUUGAUAAAACUAUUGAAGCAUCACGUUCUGAUAAUUAUACUGGGCCAACUUGCUUUUACAUAGAUGGACAAGGAGGUUCUGGAAAAACUUUUGUUUACACUACUAUUUAUAAUCUUCUAAUAUCAGACAAUAUUAAAUGUUCUACAAUGGCAUAUACUGGUAUUGCUGCAACAUUGCUGCCUCACGGAAAAACAGUACAUAAAACUUUUGGUUUACCAGUUCCUAUGUUUCAUGAUUCAUCUUCUAAUAUUAAAAUACAAUCUAAUGAAGGUAUGCUUUUAAAAAAUACUAAAGUAUUUAUUUGGGAUGAAGCCCCGAUGGCUCCAAGAUACGUUUUGGAAAUAGUUAACAGAACAUUACGAAAUUUGAUGGACAAUGAUUUACCAUUUGGUGGAAAAAUAAUGAUUUUAGGUGGUGACUUUAGACAAUUGCUUCCUAUAAAGAUUCACGGAACGCGUAAUGAAAUUUUAAAUUUAUCUAUCAAAAACUCGCAAUUAUGGCCAUUAUUUUCAAUAUUUCAUUUGAAAACGAAUAUGAGAGUUCUACCACAUGAAAUUGAAUUCGCCAAAUAUUUAUUGGAUGUUGGUAAUGGAACUAUAAAUGAUACAGAUAAUAAUAUACAGCUUCCACACCACUGUAUACUACCUUCUAAUGAAUGCAUUGUUCAAAACAUUUUUGGAAAGUUAAUUAAAGAUAAAAAGUUUGAUGAAAUUAGUCAUUGUGCUAUUUUGUCAGCCAGAAAUGCUGAUGUAGACGAUAUGAAUAAUAAAAUUACCGAUUUAUUAGAUAAAACUACUGAACACAUAUACACUGGCAUAGACAGCACAGAGAACUGUGAAAAUGGUGAAAUGGGAGAGGUUCUUUUACCAGAAUAUCUUAACUCAUUAAACCCACCGAACUUUCCUCCUCACAAAUUGCGUUUAAGAAAAUUUUGCAUAAUCAUGUUAAUAAGAAAUAUUAAUCUCAGUGAAGGAUUAUGUAAUGGAAUAAGAUUACAAGUAAUUGAUUUUUCUAAUCAUUUACUGAAAUGUAAAAUAUUAACUGGAGACAAACGCAAUAACAUAGUAUUUAUUAAUCGAAUUACAUUGUACUGUGAAAAUCAAUAUCCGUUCACUUUCAAAAGACGACAAUUUCCAAUUCGAUUAGCUUUUGCUAUAACUAUCAAUAAAUCUCAAGGACAAACUCUAGCAAAAAUUGGUAUCGAUCUUCGAAGAGAUGUUUUUAAUCAUGGUCAGCUUUAUGUUGCGAUGUCUAGAGUGCGAUCAUGGGAUUCAUUGAAAAUUUAUUUAGGAAAUCAGAGACAAACUUUGAAUGUUAAAAAUUAUGUUUAUACAGAAUUAUACCAAUGA